CAGAUUCUGAUUUUUUUUUAUAUCAAUUGGUAUUUAUUGCUAAUCCAAAGUUGGCAGUCCUGGUGCUAGCUGCUCACAGUGUGGCUUUGAUAAGCGUCAUGGAUUGCCGAUUAAUGAAGUCACAAGAUCAAUUAAUUGUGCAGUUUACACAAAAGUUUAUAAAGUGCUUAGAAAUUUUGGAAAUAAAGAGGAAGAACCAAUUAAUGUACAGUGAUGUUAUAUUGCCAGCUCAAUUAAGUGGACUUGAAGUGGACAUCAUUCUCGAUGUUACCGACGUUUCACGGCAUUGUCAGAAAAGUACAAAAAGCCUGCUAGAUAGUCUUCUGAAAACAAUGCUGAGCCUUGCGCAAGUUCGAGUACAGAUAUACUAG